CUUUUGGUGCAAUAACCCCUCCUCGUGCACUUCCGUUUACUGGCACGUGAAGUUUGCCGGCAGAAUAUUAGGAUUACGAAGUGGUCAAGUCGUAGAUUUAGAAUGGAAACUUGGGUCUCGGUUGCUGGAUUUGGUGGAGGUGGUGUUCUCGCUGCAGCAUGUGCCUACAAAAUACUUAGACCCCGAUUCCCGGUGCGUGUGAACUGCUGGUUCUGCAAUGGUGACACAGUGGUGCCCUACGGGAACCGCAACUGCUGGGACUGUCCCGGCUGUGAGCAGUACAACGGCUUUGAUAAAGCAGGAGACUACAACAAGGACAUACCGGCCCAGCACAUGUCGGACCUGAACCACGGGAUUGGUUGUAGCCCGGAGGAGUAUCUGGGCAGCUCCUCAGCUCUCUGUAACGGAUGUGAAGAGAACCAGCUGCUCAAGGUCAAACAGCUGGCCAGCUUCGUGCCCAUGAAUGAGGACAACUAUGACGUUGAGAUCGACGCCUACAAGGACCACCUGGAGAGGGUUUAUGAACUCUGUGACCCCUGCAAGGUCACCGUGGAGCAUGAGUUGAUGAAGCAGGAUGAUGCUCUCAGGGCCAAGCUUCACGCCAAUACCUCCGACACGUCCAACACAUCACAGACGACGCACAUGGAUGGUAUGUCAGAGCUAUCCUCAUCAACGUACGGCAACGCGGGUGAUCUCCUCGGUUUGACCUCUCUGCUGUGUGCGUGUUUGGUGCUGGCCUAUAGCCUGGCCCAGUAUCCCAGCAUGCUCUCUGACGUGUGGCCGUUGUUGACGUUUGCGGAGACGAUGCGGCCCUACCAGCAGGCCCUCCAUUACACCGGCCUCGGUCUGUGCCUCAUGUCCAAGAUUCUCAUCGGGAAGGACAGACUGUUUCUGGUAGAUGUGGUGGUGAGCGUCACCUGGAUAUUGUGUGCUGCUGUGGUCACAAGGGACAUAACUCUGUUGUCACCUCGGCUCGUCGACGACAAGGUGCUGACGGUCCUGUUUGGUGUCAACUUGCUGAUGUCUCUGGCCAGUUGUAUCAUCACCAGGACAAGGACCACGGCCACGACACAGACGUUCAAGAGGCUGUCGCUGGACAAGAGCACAGGCAGCUACCACAGUGAGGCGGAGACAGUCGCCAUAUCCUCAGUCAGCACCAGUCGGAGGGCACGACCUGACCCUGAGCCUGUGUCAAGGGUCAAAGAGGAACCUUUGGAUGACCUUGACCUUGAGAUGGAAGCAUUCUCCCUUGGGUCAAAACCUACUCAGAUGAAGAGAAGUGAUUCAGGGAUGUUUUCCAUGACGGGCAGCCAGGCAAGUUUUACUUCACUGAGUGCCCUCCCCCGUCCACUGCUGGGGCAGCCUCGCCCCUUGAUCAGCCCAGCCCGACUACGUGUGACCUCGUCCACGCCAACAGACAUCUUUAACCGAACUUCAAGCGGACCAACCCUUCACAUGAACCCAGCGUUUGAUUCAAGAAGCAGACAGUCCCUGCAGUUUCCAAAACUCCCAAAUCAAGCACCGGAUAAUCCCUUCCUGGAACAGAGCCUAACAACAGAGAGACUGUCUCUUUUCAACGCUCAGAUCUCUGGUAACACAGCAGCACAACGUCCAUGGCAGAGAAACAAGGACAGCGAGGCAAGCUCAACACGGCAGUUUGACGUCAGUGUGUCGGAGCAGAGCUCCACACGAGCCUCACCCCUCAGAAACAGCUGUCUGUGGCAGCACGCUAAGUUUGGCCAGACACAUCUAUCUCCAGAUAAACUGGCCCAGUGUAAAUUCACUUCUCAAAAUCCUCAGGGAUCUCCCAAGCAGGCUGUCCAAACCGAUGUUUACAGAGGCCCCUCUCGUCCAAAUACGCCCAUCAGGAAGUCGCUAUGGCAACAGAACAUUAUGCAAGAGUUGGACAACCAGGGUUCUGUCCCUGUGAUAGAGAAUAAUGUGUUUCAGAGGACUGACGCAAGUACGGUCAAGUCCACUGAUGUGAGGACAGAGGUAUCUUGUGUGUUGACUCCCAACACCUUGGUGUCAUCGCUGGACGAUGGUCAGCUGAGGCAGAGGCAUGUUCAGUCAGUUGAAGAGGAAACUAGUCUGGUGAAAGAUGAUUCCACUAAGUCGUCCGACUGUCUGGUGGACAGUACUGUCAUCAUCGAGCCCAGCAAACCAAGCAACCUGAAGAUGCUAGGAAUCGGGGCCGUGCUGUUGGCCAGUGUGUUGGGGAAUGCCGUGCUGGUGGGGUACCUGUACACCAACAGCUGAGGGAUACAACAGUGGUGGCUGGUGUUGAGAUGGUUGUUUCAUGACAACAGACAGUCACUUAUUCUCAGGGUGAUUGGUUGGAAUGAUACCAUUCUGUCGAGAUUGACAGGACAGAUGCCAUUAUAGUCAUGAUUGACUGACAGAUGCCACUAUUGGUCAUGAUUGACAGGACAGAUGUCAAUAUUGGUCAUGAUUGCUCGCCGUGAAUAGCUGUAAUAUUGCUGAUGCGGCGUAAAGCAAUAUUUAUUCAUUCAUCCUUGGUCAUGAUUGACUGGACUGAUGCAAGUUCUUGGUAACUGACUGGACCAAUGCCAUUCUCGGUCAUGAUUGACUGACAGAAGCCAGUUUUUGUAAUGAUUGACUGGACUGAUGCCAUUCUCGGUUAUGAUUGACUGGACUGAUGCCAUUCUCGGUCAUGAUUGACUGAACUGAUGCCAUUCUCGGUCAUGAUUGACUGACAGAAGCCAGUUUUCGUAAUGAUUGACUGGACUGAUGCCAGUCUCGGUCAUGAUUGACUGGACUGAUGCCAUUCUCGGUCAUGAUUGACUGACAGAAGCCAGUUUUCGCAAUGAUUGACUGGACUGAUGCCAUUCUCGGUCAUGAUUGACUGACAGAUGCCACUAUUGGCCAUGAUUGACUGACAGAUGCCAAUUUUCGGCAUGAUUGACUGGACUGAUGACAUUGUUGGUCAUGAUUGACUGACAGAUGCCACUAUUGGCCAUGAUUGACUGACAGAUGCCAAUUUUCGGCAUGAUUGACUGGACUGAUGACAUUGUUGGUCAUGAUUGGAGAGAAAGUUUCCAGUGAAGGAGCAGAGAAGACACAUCAGAAGUACAGGGUACCCAAUGUUUGACAAUCAUGACAUUACCAGUGUCAGUCCUAAUGACAGCCUAAAACGAAAACACACGUACUGUUUUGCUAUCAUGUAUUAUCAUUUUAAACCCCCCAAAUAAUAUCUUUUUAUAUAGCAGUGGUGAUACAUUCUUGUAACGAUCUUCUGGUACAAGUGCUAGGUGUUAAUAAUUCCUCUUCUCUGUUUGGUAAUUACCAUGGUAACAGACCCUACAUGGUCUUCACCUAAUUAGUCAUAUAAGCUUGUGCUGUAUUGAAGUAGGUUAUUUCUUUAAAUACCUAUCUUUUUUUUUAAACAAAUUGUUAGGAAAAUAUUUUUUUGAUGUCAAAAGGAAUUCCCUUAAAACACAGAAAAAGACUUGAUAAGUCAGGUUGUAUCUACAUGAUCUAGUCACCCCACACUGUGGGUAUCACAUGUUUCCAUGGGAACCAAGGGCUGUGAAAUACAAGAAAAAGUAAUAGUUUUCCAUCACUUGUUGGUGACUUCCAUGUUUACCUCAAAUUCUGUAUUUAAGGGGCCUUUUUUAUGAUUUUAUAUGAUGGCGGUCUGUAAAUAAUUGAGUCUGGACCAGACAAUCCAGUGAUUGACAUCAUGAGCAUCGAUCCACGCAAUUGGGAUACGAAGUCAUUGUUGCCUUUUACGGCAAGCAUGGGUUACUGAAGACCUAUUCCAUCCUGGAUCUUCACAGAUCCAAAAUUUAUGUAAUUCUAUUGGUAUAUGUCAUUUGAGGGUUGAAAUGUUAUUUGAAAAAUCCCUUUUACAAUCCCAGACGUAGGUUAUGCCGUCAACCAGGGUGCAUUCUUGAUAGCUUCAAUAAUUACAUCAGCUCAUUCACUCAGAGGAGCGGUCGGGUACCCUAGUGGUUAAAGCAUUUGCUUGUCGCUCCGCAGACCCGGGUUCGAUUCCCGACAUGGGUACAAUUUGUGAAGCCCAUUUCUGGUAUCCCCUGCCGUGAUAUUGCUGGAAUAUA